AUAUUACGUAGUGCAAAUCCCAAUUGUCUGCGCCGCCAAUGUAUUUUCUAACUUUAAUAUUGUAAUGUUCAAAAGAGUAUAUUCCCAACCGCGACUCUUAUCGGUAAUAUGUUUUGAAAGAUGUCAUUAAAAGUGAUUGUGUCCACACCUUACUCAUAAUUUAGUAUUAAAAAUCGUAUUUAGUAUUGUAUAUUAAAUAUUCAGUGAUAAUGUCGAAAAUAGUGAGUGAAUUUUCAUUUAAAUCUUGGGAAUACACUGUCAAAAGGAUAUUUACAACUCGAUCUCUUACAACCAGUUCAGAUUCAAACAGUGCCAACAAAAAUUAUGACAUUGUUGUGGUAGGAGGUGGAAUUGUAGGAGUCGCUACAGCACGAGAAAUAAUUAACAGACAUUCCAACUUACGUAUGGCAUUGUUGGAAAAAGAAACUCAGUUAGCUAAUCAUCAAACUGGACACAAUAGUGGAGUAGUUCAUGCUGGAAUAUAUUACAAACCAGGUUCUCUCAAAGCAAAACUUUGCGUUGAAGGAUCUCAACUAUCAUAUAAAUACUUCGACAGUAAAAAAAUUCCCUACAAAAAAUGCGGAAAACUAAUCGUUGCGACAAAUCGAGAAGAAAUAAAAAAGUUGAAAGACCUUUACGCAAGAGCAAUUACAAAUAAAGUACCAGACAUUCAAUAUAUUGAAGGAGAGAAAGCAAUAAAAGCAAUCGAGCCUCUGUGUACCGGAUUAGAAGCUUUAUGGUCGCCUCAUACUGGUAUAGUCGAUUGGGCAUUGGUUACAAAAUAUUAUGCCGCAGAUUUCGUGGAACGGAAAGGGAAUGUUUUCCUCAAUUUUGCUGUGAAUGGAUUCCAUGAAUCGAAAAACCCCGACUAUCCCAUCAGAAUCUGUUCAACAACCAACAACUCGAUUAAUGCUAAAUACGUUUUAACAUGCGGAGGAUUACAAUCUGAUCGAUUAGCAGUUAUGUCUGGUUGUUCUAAAAAUCCAAAAAUUGUGCCUUUCCGAGGAGAAUAUCUUGUGCUUAGGUACGAAAAAGCACGUCUCAUCAAAACCAACGUGUAUCCAGUACCAGAUCCGAGGUUUCCCUUUUUAGGAGUUCACGUAACUCCAAGAAUGGAUGGAAGCGUUUGGUUAGGACCAAACGCCGUACUAGCGUUCCGAAGAGAAGGUUACAAGUGGUCAGACAUCCAUCUCGGGGAAUUACUAGAAACAAUUACGUAUCCAGGAUUUAUAAAACUAGGUUUUAAAUAUCUAAUCCCCGGAGCUAUGGAGAUGAUAAAGUCUCGUAUUGUUAGCUUGCAACUUAGAGACGUACAAAAAUUUCUGCCGACCGUGACAAAAGGUGAUAUAGAAAAAAAAAUUACACCUGCAGGAGUGAGAGCGCAAGCUUUAGAUGGAAAAGGUAAUUUGGUAGAUGAUUUUGUUUUCGAUAAAAACACUUCUGGAGGUCCUACUGCGAGCCGUAUCCUUCAUUGUCGAAAUGCGCCUAGUCCUGGAGCUACGAGUUCAUUAGCAAUUGCAAAAAUGAUCGCCGAACGAUGUGAAACUGAAUUCAAUCUGAAAGAACUGAUUUCAAAAUGAAAUUAUAAAUCUACUAGAGCUACGGGCAAUUGUGAUUAAUAACUAAAGAAAUAUAUUUAUUUUUAAAUAUACGAAUUAAACCCUUUUUGUUAUUGAA